AUGUCUCAAGAAGAACUUCGUUAUCCCGUCUCAGGAAUCGCACCCUACAAGCCAAACUAUAAACUGCGCAAUGCGUACAGGAAUGAAGAGGGCCACAAGUAUCUGUCGCCAUUUGGUCACCCAUACAAUAUGAUUUUUGACCAGGAAAAUCAGACUCGUGUCUCUUACCCCACACUCAAGGAUAAGCAGAUUCUUGCACUGUCCUAUGCCAUUCGUCAAAAGCCUGAAUGGUGGAUCAAGUACAAGAACCCAGAAAUUGUUGCCAAAUGGCAAAAAGAAACCGUAGCUUCUAAAGAAGAAAGGGAUGAGUUUAUCCAACAAAACGGAAUGAAAGCUGUGGCAGAAAGCCCCAAAGUGUUACAGCCUCUUUUUGACUUUGUAAUUGCCGAGUUAGCAUGGUACGAAAAGCUUAAAGAUUCAACUGAUGGUCAGUUCCAAUUGGCUUACUCUGACUAUGUGUUUUUUGGAGACAAGGUUAUUCCCUCUGAUCUCAAAACCACUUUUAUUAAAGCAGCUAAAAAACUCGAAGAUAUCCCUGAUGAUUUGCGUGACUGGCAUCCUGGAUCUAACCAACAAGUUUGGGAUCUUAUCCACCCUUCAUUGUAUCCCUUACAAUACGGAAUCACCCCGGUAGUCAAAGAUUUGAAGAAUGAUCAUGUUGGAUUUGAAAUUAAUUACAAGGGGGGUUGUGUGCCAAUGCCAGAAUAUAAUUUUUGGCGAGACUCAAUCAAAAGUGAUGUGUCAACCUUCGGCAUUAGCAAGAGAUUCCAAUGGCUUCCUUCAAUAUUUAAUGUUGCGAAGGAUGGAAAAGUCACGAUUGAGUCAUACAUUAACAACCUUCACCCUGUUCACUACAAAGAUUUAUACCGGCCAAUUGCCGAUAUUUUUGCACGGUUUAUUCCUGGUAUUAAUGCUGCACUAUCACAAUACGCUUCCAAGGAACACAUUAGAGAUAAUCCAUUUACCCACGAAGAAGGUUUGUAUGGUCCUGAACCCGAAUUUGAUGAAAACGACCCUAACUAUGACGAAAAAUAUGACGAAUACAUUGAAAACCGGGUUCCUAUUGUAAAUGACCCCGUUUUUGAAAUGCCUUCUGGAGAACGAGUCAGUCAGAUUGAUGUUCAUGGUACCAAGCUUAAAGUUAUUGUCAAGAUGGCUAAUAUUCAGCUGACUCCUGAAAACCCAGAAUAUGCUGGUGGUACUUGGCAUGUCGAAGGAACCAUCAACGAAGACAUUGUAUGUUCAUGUCUGUACUACUACGAUGUCGAAAACAUUACAGACGAUUCCGAGCUCGAGUUUCGUGCCGCAACUGAUGCACCAAUUUACGAACAAUACGAUUCUGAUGGGGUCCUAGCUGUGUAUGGAUUGGAAAAUGGUGACUUAAAUACAUUUUACGUUGGUGGAGUGAAGACAAUCGAGGAUCGUUUGAUUGUUUUUCCCAACAUGCUUCAACACCACGUUAAGCCAUUUAAACUUCAGGACAAGACCAAGCCUGGUCACCGCAAAAUUUUGUGUUUCUUUGUGUGCGAUCCAUAUAAUGAUAAUGUUAUUUCGACUGAUCAAGUUCCGCCACAGCAGUCAAACUGGUGGUCAGAACAGGUAUUGAGCAACGAAGAAGAACUGAAGAAUAAUCAUUACACCAUUUUUGAUCAGCUUCCCACAGAAGUGUUGGAAGCCAUUUUUGACGAAGUUGAGUGGCCUAUGUCGCUCAAGAGAGCCAAAGAAGUGCGCGAAGAACUUAUGGAGGAACGCAGUAUUAAUAGUAAAAAAGAGGAAGAAUCAGAACCAGAUAGAAACCCGUUUUACCGACACUUUAGCUUGUGUGAGCAUUGA